CUGGGGAUCUCCCAUGAGCGGACUAACAAGCUACUUGCCGACAGAGUUCCUGCUUGAGAGGCGGCGAUUGAGAAAUAUUCAAAGCAAAUUGUGUUUAACAGCCACAGUAACAUGUGGUGGAGUCGUGUCCUGCUAAUCAGCUGGGUUCUGGUGCUGGUCCAGCUGCUCACUUCAGAGGCAGUUCCCAUCAGUAAGGACAGGACCAAAAUUAAAGAGCCAGAGGUCAGAAUUGAAGAUGCUCCAGCUAGUGUGGACACCGGGCUCCACUAUGACCGCUACCUCAGAGAAGUCAUUGAUUUUCUCGAAAAAGAUGAACAUUUCAGAGAAAAGCUCCAUAAUACCGACAUGGAAGAUAUCAAGCAAGGUAAACUUGCCAAAGAGCUGGACUUUGUCAGCCACCACGUCAGAACAAAACUGGACGAGUUGAAGAGGCAAGAGGUAAAUCGACUCCGGACACUCAUCAAGGCUCGGCAUGACCUUGAAGGUGGAAAUGAUAUUGCAGUGGACCACCAAGCUCUGCUGAAGCAGUUUGAAUACUUGAACCAUAUGAACCCACAUACGUUUGAAGUGGAUGACCUGGAUCGCCUGAUAAAAUCGGCCACAAACGAUCUGGAGAACUUCGACAAAGAGCGACACGAGGAGUUCAAGCGUUAUGAAAUGAUGAAAGAGCACGACAGGCGGGAACACCUGAAGACGCUGGAUGAAGAUGAGCGAAAGCGAGAGGAGGAGCACUACGAGGAGCUGAGGAAAAAACACGCCGACCACCCCAAAGUCAACCACCCGGGUAGCCAGAAUCAACUCAAGGAAGUGUGGGAAGAUACGGAUGGCUUAGACCCAGAGGAUUUUGAUCCCAAAACUUUCUUCAAUUUACAUGACACCAAUGGAGAUGGCUUCUUUGAUGAACAGGAACUGGAGUCGCUGUUCACCAAGGAGCUGGAAAAACUCUACGAUCCCACCAAUGAGGAGGAUGAUAUGGUGGAAAUGGAAGAGGAGAGGUUACGCAUGAGGGAGCAUGUCAUGAACGAGGUGGAUUCAAACAAAGACAGGCUGGUCUCUUUAGACGAGUUCAUGACUGCUACAAAUAAAAAAGAAUUCUUGGAGCCAGAUAGCUGGGAGACUUUGGAGCAGAACCAGGCCUACACGGAUGAGGAAAUGAGGGAGUUUGAGGAGCACCUCGUUCGCCAAGAGCAGGAGCUUCACCAGAAAACUGCUGAACUUCAGAAACAGAGAGAUGAGCUGGAUAGGCAACAGGAGCAGCUGAAUGCGCAGAAAGUUGAGUUGCAACAGGCCGUCGAUCAUAUGGAACGACUCAGGGCUGAAAAACAAGAACCCCCUCCCGAGGUCCAUGUCGAAGGAAACGCCAUCCCGGAGAGCCACGCAGCUGACAAUCAACAGCAGCACUACCAGGAGGCCCUCAUCCAAGAGCCUCAACCUGUUGCUCAGGUUUAUCAGGAUGCAUCUCAGGUCCAGAGUCAACACCAGAAUCAGCAGGUGGGCGAGCAGACACACCACAAUCUGCCUCCAGGGGACCAUGAAAGGCCACAAUUUGAGAACCACCUCCCUUAGGGCCUUCACAGCUGGACUUUUGCAACCUCGUCUAAUCUAAGAGUGUCUAAUCUUUUUCACCAUGAUGACUGAUUGGUGCUUUGGAACACACUCUGGACGGAGAAGCACACACGUUGAACAAUACCAGUUUUGGGUGCCCGACUUAAGAAUUACAGUAUGGAUUUUCAGGAGCAUUUUGUCAACAUAAUGGCAGCGAAGGGACAUUUGAGGAGUCAAAAUACAUUUCCUUUCAAGGCCUGUGGAAAAAGUCACUUUGAACGAAACACCAGAGAACUAUUGUGUUGUGAAUUUUUUUUCCCCCCUCCUAUGAGUAGACCACUCAUUGAUACUUUGACUGAAAGCAUCUUUUAUUUUGUAUCAUUUCAAUGACAAACUAAAUUGCCAUUAAAAACAAGGGUUUUGCUGUUUGUUCACCACUUGACAAAAUGGCCACACAUUAUUGCCAUAUUGUUUGUCCUUUACCUGCCACCUUAAUUUAUGCGGUAAGCAAAUACAAGCAAUCAUUCUGGUGAAAUAAUUAUAGGACUGAUCUGCCAAAACUG